GGUUACUUUACUUUUCUAUCAGUUAGUAAAAUCUUGGCAUAGAUUUAUAUCCCGGGUCGAUAAACAUGGUGUUUGAAGAGUCUUUAGAAUAUGUCAAAGAGCUAUUCGCCAAGUAUAUACCAGACAAAGUGUGGGAGUUAUUACCAAAAUCAAAAAUCACUAAAGCUCUCCUUGUCGGAGUUUCAGCAGGUUUCUUGGCAUAUAUGAUUUUUAAGAAGAGGUACAAGCUACCACCUGGUCCGCGAGGAUGGCCAAUAGUAGGAAACACAAUUUUAUUUUCAGAGGGCAAUUUACCAAAGAUAUGUACAGAUUUGGCGAGAAAAUAUGGACCAGUUUAUAUGAUUUACUUUGGUCGAGAAAGGUGUGUUAUUUUGAAUAAUCUAGAAGUAAUAAAUGAAGCUUUGUUGAAGAAAGGUGCGCAGACAUCAGAUAGAUUUUCAGGCUAUGCAAUGGAUAUAACCUUGCACAACAGCGAAGAUAUUAUCUUUGGGUCAUAUGGUACUGGCUGGAAAUUAAGAAGGAAGGUAGCGGCAAGAGCUUUAAGAUUAUUUAUGGUUAGAGGGCGUUUGAACGAGAAAAUACAGUUAGCAGUAUCCAUGACUGUAGAAGCGAUGUUAAAAGAAAAGGAACCUUUUGAUCCUAAACCCUACAUGUUUUACACUACGCUAAAUAUAAUUGCUGGAUUUUGUUUCAGUGCCAGUUACGAAUAUGACGAUCCUAAAUAUUUAGAAUUUUUGAAGUUAAUGAAUGAACAAGCAUCGGUAUCUAGCAAAGGAAUUAUGUUUGAGAAUAUCUGUUCCACUUUUGCUCGGCUGGGUAUUUACAAAACUGAAUCCUGCAGGAAAUUUGAGAGUUUGGUAGGAAGGAUUUUGGUUUUAAUUGGUGAGCAUGUCGAACAACAUAGAGCAAAUUUCAAAUCUGGUGAAGUGAAUGAUUUGAUAGAUAGCUUAUUAGAAGCUGAAAGAGAAAUAGCAUCAGAAGGAGAGGAAAAUAUGGCGUAUUUUCAACCAAUACACAUCAGUCUGAUAGUCUUUGAUAUAUUUCUGGCUGGUAAUGAAACAUCUCGUUCAACUUUAUUAUGGGCUAUGAUGUUUAUUCUUGGUGUACCAAAUGUUCAGAAGAAAAUACAAGAAGAGGUCGAUUCAGUGUCGGGUGGUCGCUUUUUAACAACUGAUGACAGAAAACAUUUAGCCUAUACUGAUGCAGUAUUACACGAAGUUAUGAGACUUGGACCAGUUGCGCCUCUGGGUGUCGGUCACAGAGUAAGCUGUGAUGUAACUCUUGGGGGUUAUGAUAUACCAAAAGGAACUAUGAUGUUGACAAAUUUAUGGGCAUUACAUGUUGAUCCCGACUUCUGGCCUGACGUGGACCAAUUUAAACCAGAACGAUUCCUGAACGAAGAUGGCAAAAUGGCACCAAAACCUGACAAUUGGCUUCCGUUUAGUGCUGGUAGACGUGUGUGUCUAGGAGAACCAUUGGCUAAAGCGGAAUUACAUCUAAUAUUGGCAGGGUUGUUCCAACAAUUAGAAUUUGCACCAGCACCAGGCACUUCUGUUGAUAUAGAACCUGAUAUUAAGGGAGUUGCUCUUGUUCCCAAACCAUUUAAAGUAGUUGUAAAGAAAAGAUAUUGA